AUGGCUCCCCACGUCGCUAUCGUCUUUUUCUCGGCGUACGGCCACAUCUCGCAGUUGGUCGAGGAGGAGGCCAGAGGUAUCAGAGAGGCUGGUGGUAACGUCACCAUCUACAAGAUCGAGGGUACUCCCGAGACCGUGGGAGCCCAAUACGAGGUGCUCACAGACCCCUCGACUCUCGAGAAGUACGAUGGUUUCCUCUUCGGUAUCCCCACCAGAUACGGCAACUGGCCCGCUCAGUUCAAGACCUUCUGGGACAAGACUGGUGGCCAAUGGCAGAACGGUUCCUUCUGGGGCAAGUACGCUGGUGCCUUCGUUUCCACUGGCACCCCCGGCGGUGGUCAGGAGUCCACCAUCAUCAGCGCCAUGUCGACCUUCGUUCACCACGGCAUGAUCUUCGUUCCCCUCGGCUACAAGACUGUCUUUGGUACUCUUGCUGACCUCACCGAGGUCCGUGGUGGCUCUCCUUGGGGUGCCGGUACCUUCGCUGGUCCCGACGGCAGCAGACAGCCUUCUCAGAAGGAGCUCUCGCUCGCCUACGAGCAGGGCAAGGCCUUCUGGACCACCAACAACAAGCAGGAGGCCGUUGGUGGUGGGGCUCCAGUCACUGAGCCCAGCCAGAGCACAACACAAGCACCUAAGCAGCAGACCUCGACCGAGCCCCAGCACAAGGAGGAGCACGACAAGUCUGGUCCUUGUGGCUUGCCUGUCAAGUGCACCAUCUCUUAG